CUAACUUGGAAAUAAACGAAAACGAAGGACACACAGAAGCAUAGUCACAAUCUUAUUAAUCUUAAUAAUCAAACAAAACCAAACACAAGGAACCAACAUUUUUGUCUUAACACAUUCUUUCAUCAACUUCAACUGACUUGGUAAACUCAAAGGAGAUGAAGUUGGAAUAGAUCUGUGUGAAGUGAAGCAAAAUGGGGAAUACAUGUGUUGGUCCUAGCAUUUCAAAGAAUGGUAUUAUUCAAUCAUUUUCCGCUGCAAUUUGGCGGUCGCAACCGCCUGAUGCUGAAGGAUCAGUGUCUAAUAGAGGAUCAGUAAAUGAGGGGAGGACUGAUAAUGAGCCGGAAUCUCCUUUGCCUGUUCAAAACAAACCUCCUGAGCAGAUAACUAUGCCGAAACCGGAAAUAAAACAAGAGGCGAAAUCAGAACCGGAGUCGGAAAAGGAGAAGAAGAAACACAGGAGACCUUCUGUGAAGAGAAGUUCUAGUGCAGGACUUCGUGUUGAUUCCGUGUUGCAGAGAGAAACCGGUAAUUUCAAGGAAUUCUAUAGUUUAGGGAAAAAACUCGGUCAAGGUCAGUUUGGGACAACAUUCUUGUGUAUCGAGAAAGCAACCGGGUAUCAGUAUGCUUGUAAAUCUAUUGCAAAGAGGAAAUUGGUAACCGAUGAGGAUGUUGAGGAUGUGAGAAGAGAAAUUCAGAUAAUGCAUCAUUUGGCCGGUCAUCCUAAUGUUAUAUCCAUCAAAGGUGCUUAUGAAGAUGCAAUGGCGGUUCAUGUUGUGAUGGAAUUGUGUGCAGGUGGUGAGCUUUUCGAUCGGAUUAUUCAGCGCGGACAUUAUACUGAAAGAAAGGCGGCUGAACUUAUUAGGACUAUAGUUGGUGUUGUUGAAGCCUGUCAUUCUCUUGGUGUGAUGCAUAGAGACCUUAAGCCCGAGAAUUUUCUCUUUGUUAAUCAGCAAGAGGAUUCACUACUCAAAACAAUUGACUUUGGAUUAUCUGUGUUCUUUAUGCCAGGUGACACAUUUAUUGACGUGGUUGGCAGCCCAUAUUAUGUUGCCCCUGAAGUUUUGAAAAAGCGUUACGGCCCUGAAGCAGAUGUUUGGAGUGCGGGAGUUAUCCUUUACAUUCUUUUGAGUGGAGUACCUCCUUUUUGGGCUGAAAGUGAACAAGGGAUAUUCGAACAGGUUUUGCGUGGUGAUCUUGACUUCGUUUCAGACCCCUGGCCUGCAAUUUCUGAAAGUGCAAAAGAUUUAGUAAGGAAAAUGCUUGUUCGUGAUCCUAAAAGGCGGAUGACUGCACAUCAAGUAUUAUGUCAUCCUUGGAUUCAAGUUGAUGGUGUAGCACCUGAUAAGCCACUUGAUUCCGCCGUAUUAAGUCGAUUGAAGCAAUUUUCUGCUAUGAACAAGCUCAAGAAAAUGGCUCUUAUAGUCAUUGCAGAGAGCUUAUCUGAAGAAGAAUUGGCUGGAUUAAAAGAAAUGUUCAAGAUGAUAGAUACAGAUAACAGUGGCCAAAUCACUUUUGAAGAACUUAAAGUUGGUUUGAAAAAAGUUGGUGCUAAUCUUAAGGAGUCUGAAAUUUAUGAUUUAAUGCAAGCGGCUGAUGUAGAUAACAGUGGAACAAUUGACUAUGGUGAGUUCAUUGCGGCAACAUUGCAUAUUAACAAGAUUGAAAGAGAAGAUCAUCUAUUUGCAGCCUUUUCUUACUUUGAUAAAGAUGGAAGUGGCUAUAUUACUCAAGAAGAACUUCAACAAGCUUGCGAUGAGUUUGGCAUUAAAGAUGUUCGUUUGGAAGAGAUAAUCAAAGAAAUCGAUGAAGAUAACGACGGGCGCAUAGAUUAUAAUGAGUUUGCAGCUAUGAUGCAGAAAGGAAAUCUUCCGAUGGUUGGUAAGAAAGGUCUAGAAAAUAACUUCAGCAUUCGAUUCAAGGAGGCAUUAAAAUUGUAGUAUUCAUUGUCACCAUUCACAUUUUUUGUUUCCUUUGAAAGUUCAAGAUUUUGUGCAUUAGCACAAGUCAGUGGAGGCCAAUUUGGCCUUUCAGCUAUUUUGUUUGUGUUUUAGUUUAAAUGGAUUUUUGUAAUUAUGAGAAUGUUUUAAAGAUUAAAUAGAGGUCUUGUUGUGGACAAAUGAUAGUGGAUUGAUCAUAUAAGUCUGUUUUAUUGAAGACUUA